AUGCAUGAUGCCCAACUCGACUACUAUUCUCGUCGCUUAGCUACAGCUUCAUCUGACCAUACCAUCAAGAUUUUCAACGUAGAUGGCGAUAAUCAGACUCUCACUCACACUAUCACAGACAACACAGCUCCUGUUUGGCAAGUUGCUUGGGCUCAUCCCAAGUUCGGGACCAUUUUAGCUUCUUGUGCAUAUGACGGCCGUGUUUUGAUUUUCAAGGAAAUAAACGGUGCCUGGUCCAAAAUCUACGAACAUAACAAACACAGCGCAUCUGUCAACUCAGUAGCUUGGGCUCCUCAUGAACUUGGCGCAAUUUUAGCCUGUGCUUCUUCCGAUGGCAAAGUUUCUAUUCUAGAAUACAAAGAUGACGGUACUUGGGAUACACAGCUUAUCGAUGCUCACGGUAUCGGUGUCAAUGCCGUUACGUGGGCACCUGCAGCCAUUCCAGGAAGUUUAGUUCAGGCUAAUUAUAACAACAAUACCAGCAACAAUAUGCCUAAUAUUAACAAAGUCAACGUUGUUAAAAAGUUCGUGUCGGCUGGUUGCGAUAAUCUGAUCAAAAUUUGGGGUUAUAAGGAACAAACAAAUAGCUGGCAAGAAGAAGAGACAUUAGAUGGCCAUUCAGAUUGGGUGCGUGAUGUUGCUUGGGCUCCUAAUAUGGGUCUUCCUAAAAGCACGAUUGCCAGCUGUUCUCAAGAUAAAUCUGUAUUGAUCUGGACACAGGAAACACCUAACUCAGAAUGGACACACAAAGCAUUGAUGAAUGGAGAAAAGCUCUUUCCUGAUGUUGUUUGGCGCGUGAGUUGGUCACUAUCAGGUCAUGUUUUGGCCGUUUCCUGUGGUGAUAAUAAGGUGACUUUAUGGAAAGAAUCUUCAAAAAGCGGUGAUUGGGAACUUUUAGAAACACUUGAAGAAAAUGCUUAG